GGAAAUCGGUCCGACGUGUUGUGUGGAAAGCGCGCCAUUCGCUGUGAACAACAAGCGAAUAUUUUUAAAUUGUUUAAUACUUUCUUGAAAUUCAUUGUGAAAAUAAAAAAUUGUGCUUAAAAAAUAUAAAGAAAUUUUAGUAAAAUUAAAUUUCAGUAAAAUGAGCGCUUCUGGUAAAAGUUUGUUAGGUUUGUGGCUCUAUCGUAGCGGCGAGCAGGAGUGGGCUGUGAAGCAGGGCAGUCCGCUGCAUACACUACGCAAAGAACAUCGCAGUCUCGAUGCUUCGAAUUCCGACAGUGGCAGUGAGAAAGGUAGCAUUGAUUUGGCUGAUUUGAAUCGCCAAAACUCGCCGGGAGAUCGCGUGUCCAUAAUUUUCACUUUGAAAAAUCAAGUUGGAAAUUUGGCUAGAGCUUUGCAAGUGUUUCAAGAACUGGGCAUUAAUGUGCUUCACUUGGAAUUAUCUCCGCUGGAGAAGGCCACAAAUCAGGCCGAUGUACUGGUCGAUGUCGAAUGUGACGCACGACGUUUGGAUAAAGUACUGCAAAUGCUAAAUCGCGAGGUGCAGUCUGUAAAUUACACCACUGUACAUCCGAUGUCACGAACGCCAUCCCUAUCAGCCUGCUCCAGUUUUGACUUCGGUGACAUGGUUUGGUUUCCACGCAAAAUUUCCGAUUUGGAUAAGGCACAGAAUGUGCUCAUGUAUGGUUCCGAAUUGGAUGCUGAUCAUCCGGGCUUCAAAGAUCCGGUCUAUCGCAAACGUCGGGAGACAUUCUCCGCUAUUGCUAACAACUAUAAACACGGCCAUGCCAUACCACGUGUGACCUACACACCGGAUGAGAUAAAAACUUGGGGCACUGUCUUCCGUGAACUUCAUCGCCUCUACAUUAAGCACGCAGUGCCGGAGUACAUGGAAAAUUGGCCUGAGUUGGUCAAGUUCUGUGGCUACCGUGAGGAUAAUGUCCCACAAUUGGAGGAUGUUAGUAACUAUUUGAAACGUAAGACGGGCUUUCAGCUACGUCCAGUUGCUGGUUAUCUAUCACCACGCGAUUUCUUGUCUGGCUUGGCUUUUCGUGUUUUCCAUUGCACGCAGUAUAUUCGACACUCGUCGGAUCCAUUUUAUACACCUGAACCCGACUGCUGUCAUGAACUUCUGGGUCAUAUGCCAUUACUAGCUAAUCCAAGUUUUGCUCAGUUCUCCCAGGAAAUCGGUUUGGCUUCGUUGGGUGCCGCAGAUGCAGAUAUUGAAAAAUUGGCAACGCUAUAUUUCUUCACGGUAGAAUUCGGUUUGUGUAAGCAACAGGAUAAUACUUUCAAGGUUUACGGCGCUGGACUACUCAGCUCUAUAGCUGAACUGCAGCAUGCUAUCACCGCUAAGGAGAAAAUCAAAAAAUUCGAUCCGGAUGUGACUUGUCAAGAGGAAUGCAUUAUAACCUCGUAUCAAAAUGCAUACUACUACACCGAUUCAUUCGAGGAGGCCAAAGAACAGAUGAGAAACUUCGCUGACAGCAUACAACGCCCCUUCGGUGUGCGUUACAAUCCCUAUACCCAAGAGGUUGAAGUGCUCUCGAACGCACAGAAGAUAACGGCGUUUGUGAGCGAACUAAAGGGCGAUUUGAGUCUGGUUUGUCAGGCAAUGCGCAAAAUUUCGGCAAACGAUGAGCAGUUGGAUGUGGACAGCAUUGCAAAUAUGCUGCAGACAACCUUGAAUGUGCGCGGCGAUCGAACGCCGGGCAACUCGGUAAGUCCAGAUAAUUCAGAUAACUCGCAGCAUUCAGUGGGGGCAUAGAGGAGUGAAGAAAUGGUUGUUGAUGUUGACGAAAUGCUGAAACUGCUGCUGGAAAAUAGAACAAUUCUUAAAUAAAAUACAAAUAUAUAUUAAAACUCAUAUAAAAAUUGUUGAAAAAAGCUAAAAAAAAAAACACUCAAGAAAUGGAUGUAUGUAUGUAUAGCAAAAUUUAUUAAAAAAUUUCCGUCUGUAUGUGAACAUUUUGCAAUAAUAAAAUUAAAGUACACAAAUUAAUAUAAAUGUGCUUAAAAAUAUUAUUAUUAUUUCUAAGUAAGUAUGUUUAAUGAAAUAGUGUCAUUGUCGAGAAAAUCUUAUCAAAUAUGAGAAGAAA